AUGCACUUCAACACUGCCGCGCCGUCAGAGACCAUGAACUAUCGGUCGCACCCUGCACAUGACUCACCCAAGACCAACGGAGCCACUGCCGACGAAAACGAGAAGCCCGUCUUCUUUUUCGAUAUCGACAACUGUCUUUACCCCAAGAGUCUUGAAAUCCACCGCAUGAUGUCUGAGCUGAUUGAUGAAUUCUUCCAAAGCCACCUGAGUCUAUCGCAAAAAGACGCCAACGAACUGCACUUCCGGUACUACCGUGAAUACGGGCUUGCGAUUGAAGGCCUCGUGCGCCACCACAAGGUCGACGGGCUAGAGUACAACAGCAAAGUCGACGACGCACUGCCUCUCGAAGACGUCAUCAAGCCGGACCCCAGCCUGCGGAAGCUGAUUGAAGACAUUGAUACGAGCAAGGUGCGCCUAUGGCUCUUCACUAAUGCCUACAUCACCCACGGCAAGCGCGUCGUCAAACUGCUGCAAAUCGAGGAUUUGUUCGAGGGCAUUACCUACUGCGACUACGGCUCGGAAAAGUUCUACUGCAAGCCGCAUGUCGAGAUGUUUGACAAGGCCAUGGCUGAAGCUGGAAUCGGUUCAAACGAGAAAUGCUACUUUGUUGACGACUCGUAUAUCAACUGUAAAGCCGCGGCAGAACGAGGCUGGAAAACCGCACACUUGCUCGACGAAAGCGACCCAGCGCCUGCUGAGCCAGCCAGCCAGCACCAAAUCCGGAGUCUGCAAGAGCUGCGCAACAUCUUCCCUGAAGUAUUUAAAACCUCGUGAGAAACCGGAUGUAGAAAUAGACAGUAGGCGUAGAGUAGACAGUACUUUAGCGUACGGACAUAGACGGGGAUAAGUAACACAAGACCAACACAACAUGUUAGAAGUUAAGUUACGCACCUAGUUCGCAAAUCCCCACCGCAACAACGCCUC